CUGUCGCAAAAUGUGAAUGUUUACACGAGGUGGUUUACGGCAGUCGUUGCCAGGCUAAACGAUGCUACAGCUUUGUGGUCAACUUGAGUUAAAUGUCUCUUUUUCAGGCUGACAUUUUGUAAGCGUGCUGAAGGAUGGAUCCCGUUGUGCUGAGCUACCAUGACAGCUUGCUUCGGCGCUCCGACGUGUCCUUGCUGGAGGGACCCCACUGGCUCAAUGACCAAAUUAUCGGCUUUGCCUUUGAGUACUUUGCCAGCGAGCGCUUUCGAAUCCUGGGGGAGAGCGUCGUCUUCAUCAGCCCGGAGGUCACCCAGUUUAUCAAGUGCGCUUCCAGCCAGGAGGAGUCAGCCGUGUUCCUUCAGCCUCUGGAUCUGGCCUCCCGUCGCUGGGUCUUCCUGGCUGUGAAUAACAACUGCAACCAGACUGCUGGGGGGACUCACUGGAGCCUGCUGGUGUAUCACCAGAGCUCCAACCAAUUUUCUCACUAUGACUCUCAAGAUCACUGCAACUCUGCGCACGCGCGGCGCAUUGCCAGCAAGCUGGAAACCAUGUUAGGCGCGGGAAGAAAAGCUCCGUUUGUGGAGGAGCCCAGCCCGACGCAACAGAACUGCUACGACUGCGGCAUGUAUGUCAUCUGUAUAGCCGAGGUUUUGUGUGAGAAGGCCCAGCUGGAGGGCUCCGCACACCUGCCCGUGCAGACCCUCACCCCAGCCUUGAUCACCCAGAAGAGGGCGGAAUGGUGCCUGUUGAUCCAGAGUCUCGCUCAGAGCAACCUACGCUGCACUUAAGCCAUCAAAACACUCCCAAAGUAUAAUAAAACUAUUUCAAUUACGGAGAAAGUGAAUGUAUUUUGACUUGCGCCGUCAUGUUUAUCUCGAAUGUAAGCGCUGCAAGACAUACAGUAUGUAAACGAGAACACCAGCUUGCCCAUAAAAGGAACUUGCUCCCUCGUGCAUCUUUAGUCAAGAUGGAGGAGACGUCAUUCGUCAUUUUCAGAAGUGUUUAUGCACAUUAUUGCUCAGGGUUAUUUUUAAAUGAAGACUUGACAGCACGUGAAUCAUAACGCUGGCUUCUCACGUUUGCUCUUGGUUGUAAUCCCAGACAUAGACAAAAGUAUCCAACCAUACUUUUUAAUAGUUAUUAGUGUUGUGGUGAAAGUUCCGUCAAAAUAAGCAGACUGGCAUUGGAACCAUGCAUAAUUGGUUCUGUGACGGAGCUCUUAACUCAAAACACUUGUGUCCCAAAUCAACGUCUUAAUUUAAUUGGUGCUUGGCCCCCCAAAACAGCACAAUUUUAAAAACAAACUUUGAUGUAUAAACAAUGCAAUAGAAUGUACCACAACAAAACUACAGUCAUUUUCUGAAGUAAUGUAAUAAUAAAGUACAGCAUUUACUUUGGAAGAGCGGACUUCUUCAGUAUCUCCUUCCAGCUGCUCCUCUGUCAAACACACCAUCAGCAGCCUUUCCAUAUUUUUAUGAAUAAAUGUCCGCCAUUUGAUAUUAUUUUAACAUUCUUGGCUGUCGUUGGAAUCAUUCUGCUUCAGCAGGGUGCAGACUCGCAGUGAUACGCGGCAAUGGCUUGCGCUCAAUCAAGUUUUUGAUGAUUUCUUUCUUGAAUGUCAUCCACUUUUCUCAGCACUGUCCCUCACGUCCACAUUUUCCUUCUCAUAGUUGAAAAAACAAUGAUGUUGAUAUUAAGCCGUAAGGUAAUGCUAGCGAGUAAAACCAAAUGUUUUGGGCGGAUCUUGCUGGGUUCACUGUGUCAUUUGUUACGCCAAAUAAUGGCGUUGAUGCUCGUAACUCACAUUUUUAAAUUGUACUUUAAAGCUGAGAUAUGGCUCUUAUUUCAAAACACUUAAGUUGAGGUAACGCUGUAUUUUAUUUA